AUGUCCUUCCCGCACUUUGGACACCCUUACGGCAGUGCUUCCCAGUUUCUGGUGUCUGCAAGUUCCAGCGCCACUUGCUGCGAAUCCGCCCCGCGCUCGGUCCCAGAUGUGGGCUCGGGCUCCACCCCGGCGGCCGCGCUCUGCUGCGCACCCUACGACAGUCGGCUGCUGGGCAGCGCGAGGCCCGAGCUGGGCGCGGCCUUGGGCAUCUAUGGAGCUCCCUACUCGGCCGCUGCAGCUGCCCAGAGCUACCCAGGCUACCUGCCCUACAGCCCCGAGCCGCCGGCGCUGUACGGGGCGCUGAAUCCACAGUACGAAUUUAAGGAGGCUGCCGGGAACUUUACAUCCAGCCUGGCACAACCAGGAGCCUAUUACCCCUAUGAGCCGACACUGGGGCAAUACCAGUAUGAUCGGUAUGGAGCAGUGGAGUUGAGUGGUGCUGGGCGCAGAAAGAACGCCACCCGGGAGACCACUAGCACACUCAAGGCCUGGCUCAACGAGCACCGCAAGAACCCCUACCCCACCAAGGGUGAAAAGAUCAUGCUGGCCAUCAUCACCAAGAUGACCCUCACCCAGGUGUCCACCUGGUUCGCCAAUGCGCGCCGGCGCCUCAAGAAGGAGAACAAGAUGACCUGGGCACCCAAGAACAAAGGCGGGGAAGAAAGGAAGGAGGAGGGUGGAGCAGAGGAGUUGCUGGGCUGCCUAAAUGGUGACACCAAAGACGUUACUGCUGGCCAGGAGGCCCGGGGGCUCCGGCUGAGUGACCUGGAAGACCUGGAGGAAGGAGAGGAAGAGGAGGCGGAUGAAGAGGAGGCAGUGGCCACAGCUAGGGACAGACUGGCUGAGCUCCAUAAAGACACUCAGUCGCUGCCGGCGGCGCAAUGUGCGGCCGCUCGAGAGGGCCGGCCGGAGCGCAGGGAGUGCAGUCUGGCGGCACCCCGCUUCUCGUUCACUGAGCCCCCCAGAUCCGGAGAAGCCGACUUCCUCCGGGCCGAGCCAGGAGGCCCCACGUUGACCAUGCACUACCCCUGCAGCGAGAAACCAUCGCGCAUUUGGUCUCUGGCGCACACGGCGGCCGCCAGCGUCGUCGUCGAAGGGACACCUCCAAACCCGCCCCAGCCACGAAGUCCUGAGCACCAUCUGAUUCGCGGACUGCCUCCAGGCCCGGGCGCGCGACCCGUGGUCCCCAGAGACUCCGCGUGCCAAGAGUCUCCCCGAGUAGCCAAAGCCUUUGGAAACCCCACGUUUGCCCUACAGGGUCUGCCGCUGAACUGUGCGCCGUGCCCGCGGAGGAGGGAGCCUGCGAUGCGGUGCCAGUACCCAUCUGGAGCAGAAGCAGGUUAGCGCAAUGGCUGCGAUUAGCAGAAGCGUCCUGGAAAUAAGCCC